AUGAGCGGCGCCACAGGCUGCACGGUGCGCACCUACAGCGCGCCGGCGUACGAGCACGAGGAGGGCGCCGAUGAUGACGAGGGUGACUAUCUGCAGGCCUACGAGGAGCUUCUGCUAAAUGCAGCGUCUAAUGCGGUGGCCGAUGACGCCGCUCCUCAGCCCGGCGGCACGAGCAGUGAGGGGCUUGCCCAUGUUGAUGAGGAGGCUGGUGCUCACGUGGACGGUGCUUUUCCUUACUUUGAGAGUCCGGCGUCGGUGCCAGCGCCAGCUGAUGCACUCGUGGAAGACACACUGGCAGCCCUGCCCGCCGAUGGCUCGACCGUGCUGCUGACUGACCUCGCCCGUUCACUUGACGUGGAGGCGAUCAGCGAGCUUUUCGGUUCCGUGCGGUCCUUUGUGCAGCUCCAUCCGCAUCUCUUGACCUGCACGCAGGACCCCGAUACAGGUAGGUGGCACGUGGCGCGGCGUUGCUCGUCCACCUCGCCGCUCAACGCAGAUGCUGCCACCGCUGCAGCGCCUGACCUAGCAUCUGCCAUCGGUGGAGGCGAAGAGGACGACCACAAGGCCGUCAUUGUCGGCCUCGAUGUGGCGGCGAUGGUGCUGGCCGAGGAUCUGAGGCAUUUAUGUGGCAGCCGUUACUCAUCGAAGACAAGAACGCAUGAAGCUGAAGCCGCGCACUCCGCGGUAAAGCGAUCGCGGCGCCGCUUAAUACCCGUCGCAGUACCUAACCCUCUUUCUCCGACAUCAGACACUGGCGCUGCCCACGAUGGCGCAUCGUUGACGACCCCGGAGCGGGCAUGGUGGCCCACCAUUGCGAGCCUCUUGCCCGAGGACGGCACUCCUCUUCCCAUUUCAGUGCUGCGUGCGUCGCUGCCGGGGCCGAUCGCGCAGGAGCUGCGUGCUCGACAAGUGGGUCUGGCUCGGUGCUUCAAGCAGACCUACGCCACAGCCAGUCAUCAUGUGGCGCUCACGGCAGACUCGACGGCGCUCGUUCGUGCUGCAGUGCAGCGCUCGAACAGCUGCGCAGCCGCCUCCGUUUUGUUGUGGUCGCCGGAGCGCCAAAAGGCAGCAGCUUGGACCAACCACAAGGAGUCUUCGGUGGCGGCUUUCUCCUCUUGCUUGUGCGACGCCGGGGAUGGCUCGUACGUGUCACCCCCGGCGGACUACGACGCGUCGCAGGAUGCAGAGCCGUGGCUGGUAACGAUUUCGCUAGACGACGGCGAGGAGGCGGGCCCGGAGGAGGUGCCUCCUGAGUCAGGCGAUGUGGACGAGGGGGCGCUGGGGCGAAGCGCCGACGCUGCGACUGCGCUGGCGGCUGCGACUGGGCUUCAAGAGAUACCUUACAAUGGCCUCAGUGGUGCUAGUAGGAGGGCGGCGACACAGGUCCAUGGAACAGGCUUGCAGCCGCACGACUUGAAUCUCGAGCGGUUGUAUGACGCCCCAGCGCCGCCGACGGCGGUCGUGAGAAGCAAGCCUUCGACUGCGACGCAGCUAGCAGGCCCUGCUGGUGCGGUGCGCACGGCGCGUCCCACUCGCCCGUCGACGCCAGCCGAGUGGCUAGCGUUGCACACCGCCAUGGCCGAGGCGCGUGGCUGGAUCACGCCGAUGCAGAUGCUGGAUUACCUGGUCGAGUGCGUGCCCACCUUUUUCAUCCCUGUGGAGGAGUUGCGCCCGUCGGACGCUAUCCUGAAGCUCGUUGGCGCGCGCACGAGCAUGCGCACGCUGGUAUCUCGGGUCUACAUGUACUUUGUGGAGAGGUCGGAGGAUAAGAUGCAGAUCCGACUGGCGCCAACCGUCGAGCACGCGCAGCGCGGCGCAGCCAAUGCGCACUACGCGGCAUGGAACCCUGACAUGGCGACCAAGUGUGAGCAGCGUGGUGUCGAUGCAGCGCCGAGCGAAGCGCCAGCACCAGCGGACGCCUUCACUGGCACCGCCGCUAACCCAGGCGACCGCCAAGACAGUGUUACUCACAGCGGCGCCAGGAGCGGCGGCACUGUGUUGCAGUCUAGCGACGCGACGAAGGCCUUUCCGGUUAUGCGUGUGCGGAGGCCGAUCAAAAGCCUGCUCAGCGUGAGGUCGUUCAAAGCCAUGCCCGCUACUGCCAAGGCAGCCGCAUCGCCUGCAGCCUUGCCCACCGCCGUGCGGCUGAGCUCCCCUGAUGUACAAGCAGGAGCCAGCACAGGUUCCGGGUCGAGCUCCACUCCCACCGUCCUCAAAAGUGGCGGUGGUUUUAUCGCGUUGUCCUCGGUGCCGACUGGCGAGAUCGGUUACCCGUUUCUGGCCUUAGCCACUCAGCCGGUGCACACGUGGCCGUGGUGGGCAAGGCUACUGUGUGUGUUGCCGUUUGACACGUACGUGCCACUGGACCAUCUCCGCAUCCACUACUGUCCUGACCUUGCGCCCGAAAACGUCCAUCUCGCUUGGAGGGCCGCGGACGCGUCGUUUCUGCCGACAACGUCGUCCGACAAGGCGUGCACGCCAAUCCCGUUCUCACUGCUUCGUGCGCCGACGGCCUCUCGCAGCGUGCGACUGCGCCCUUUUUGGCUGUCACCAGGCUGCACGUCAGAGCUGGAGAGCACGGUAAUGCCGGUGGGCCUCGUGAAGCAGCUGCGCCCAGUGUGGCUGCCAGUCUCACGCCUGCUAUCCAAGCUGACCCCUGAGGAGCGAGAAGAGAGCUUGGCUUUGGCCAUCCGUCGCCCUUCUGCUGCCGGCCUAUCCGUCGGCGAAGCACUCGUCAUGCUGCUGCGUGAUUGCGGCCGCUGUUGCUGGGUGCAAGAGGACGGCGCAAAGGUGCGUAGGUAUGCGGCUUCCAGCGCGCUGGACGACCACUUCCACGCCUCGCUUUCACUGCUGUACGGCUUCAGCUCCGCGCGUGCGUGGGAGCCGCUGCCGGCGGUGUUGGACCGCGCGUCGGAGCACGUGCGCUCUCUCUUCGCACAUUCACAGGCGCCCCCACUGGCGUCUCCGAACACGGUUGGGCUGAUUGGCAUGCUGCGUCAAGCACCGCCUGCAGAGCUCAAAGGGUUUCUCACGCGACAUGCGCAGUGGCUGGAAGUGAAGGCGACCGACGACAGAGAGACGAGCAACGAGGCGGCGGCCCCGUUGCUCGUACGUAGGCGUGCAGCUCUGGUUUCGUUCUGA